GAAUACUUUCCGUACCCACUGUAUGUGAAGAGUUUAACUACAUUUAGAAUUGUAUUAAUUGAUUUCAGUUUAAUAUUGGCCACCCUGUCACUGUCCCUGAAUCUUCACUCACUCUCCAUCAUUAAUUCUCCUCAGUUAGCUGCUGCAUUUACACCAAUAGUAAAAUACACACAAAAUUGCAAUUAUACAGUACAUAGCCACAGCCAAAACAAGUCUGUGGAACCAAUGAUUAAUGAGUCGCCUAGUCAUCUCUAGGUUCUCACAUCUAUUAAUUAUCGCAGAACUUGGCAGCUCCUGGCAUUUGUUAUUGAACACUUUUUGUCUUUUCUCUCCCUCUGUCUCUCUCUCAGAGGAUUAUGCGUCCAUGUGUAACCUUGGCGGGCGGCGGGCGUACGGUCAUGACGCCCUUGUUGCUGGCCCGAUCCAUGAAUAUGAAGUGGGCCCAGACUAUUCACAACCACCCGAGCAGCAGGCUGUCCUGCCUUUUUAUGAGAACGUGGACCAUCCAUUCAAGGCAUUUGAGGGUUUGCAAGCAGAGGAGUGUGGGAUUCUGAAUGGCUGUGAGAACGGUCGGUGUGUCCGGGUUCAGGAGGGUUACACCUGUGACUGCUUCGAUGGAUACACCCUGGACCUGUCCCGCAUGUCCUGCGUUGAUGUGAACGAGUGUUCGGAGCUAAACAAUCGGAUGUCCUUGUGUAAAAAUGCAAAGUGCAUCAACACAGUGGGCUCCUAUCAGUGUGUGUGUCUGCCAGGCUUCACUGCCUCUGACAAACCUAACUACUGUGUGCCGGCAGCAACGCACCAAACAUCAACACGCACAGUGAGCAUGGACGGACACUGAGGGGCGACAAGAGACACUAAAGCCACACGCACAAGCUUGUAUUACUAUACUUGUGAGGACGUCCACCAACAUUCAGCCGCUGCAAAAAACCUCAACACUAAACUUAAAGUUGAACCCUCUGGUUUGGUUAAAGUGUCCAGUAGCACUCAUAAAUCCCAAAACACUUCACAGCCGCUCAUCAAAAGUCACCUUGAGGAUAGGUCAAGAUUUAGGGGUCAUAUAACUAUAUAAAUCAGGGGGUGUAUCUUCAAACUGUUAAAAAUGCCCAGAACCUCAAGAACAUAGACAUAAACCUUGCCUUUGAAUUAAUCUAAUUAUUUUUCUUAUUUUACUCCAUUAUUUAAUAACUAAUCCAGAUCUGCUGUUUUUCAGAGUCAUGUUUUUUUAUUCACUUCCUGCAUUUCCCUUCUGCUCUACAAACCUAUGGAUAUAUACAUUGAUUGUUUUGAUAAACCUGUCCUAUAUAUUAUAAAUUACUCCCAAUGUUAUGACCUGAUUUUAAAAAAAAUAUAUAACAGUAUAAUUUUUUUGCAACUUGCUCUGCUGUCUUUGGUUAAAAGAAAAGUUUGCGAUCUUUCAAAUCUGGAUGGAAGAUUUCUUGUGCUCCAUGUAUGGUCCUAGAGCCGGUAGGUAUUUAGCCUGGCUUCCAGAAUGUUGGCAGUAAGAGUUGCAGCGCCUUACCAGAUCUCCAGACUUUUUGCUAAAUAUUUUGAAAAAUAUUUAGCAAAAAGUAGGUUGCAUGCCAGCAUGACAGCCUCAUGUAGGUAUAAUGUUGCCGAUGUUUACUGUCUUAGUUUUGGCAUAUUUGAAUGCUAGUAUUUGCUAAAUGGCACAAAACAGAAAUCGCAGCUCAGACUGAUGGAAUGUCAUUAGUUCUGGGGGUAUUUAGUCAUAAAUCAAAGAAUUGGACACUUUAAAAUAUUUUACCCAAUGGUGCUAAAGAAAAAGUCAGGGGAUCACCAAAGACAUGUCAGCUGACAUUGACAUCCCUUUAACUAGCAUGGCUAAUAAGUCUGCUUGAAAGAAUCCCCACGAAAUGUCUAGCAAUGUAUUUAUAGUCCUCCCUGAGUAAAAAAAAAUCCCUUUCUUUCUUAGCUCAACAUUUGAUGAAGUCCCUCAAGUCAUGUUAAGUUGUUGUUUAAUAUGGUUUAUGCAUUUAAAAUUGUAAUUGUUAACAUUAAGAGUUAAAUGCUAAAUCAAAGCCAAACAACUUUGCCCUAAACCUUAUCUUACUAUAUUUUAAAUGACAAACUCAAAGAGGUGCAGAUCAGCUAGUAUGUCUUCAAGAGCCUCACUUGUUUUAAUCAUGAGGGGACAUUUGGUCCUUAAAAGUAUAGAAAUACAACAAACACAUACUUACUUAAUCAAAGCCCAUAUAUUCUGCACUGUAAAACAUACACACUACAUGAAACAAAGAGUAAUUUACUUGAGAUGAAGAUUCAACUUAAUCUGAUAUGUGGUGCCUAUGUGGGUGAUAGAAACAGAAUUGUAUAAAAUGUAUGUUUUGUCUGUUUUGUGUCUUAUUUUGUUCUUAAGUAGUAUUUUAUGUGUUAGAGGCCGUUUGGCUCGUUUAACGUAUCGACAAACCCUAUGGACUUGUGCUGGGGGAUCCAGUUGUUUUUUUUCUACCCAGUCACACUGAUUGUGGAUAUUUAAUUCUGUGAAGAGGCCAACUGUCUUCUCCCUCUCUUUCACCAUUGCCAUCCCUUUGUCUGCCAUAAAGAAAAGUGUGUUUCUACACUACAGCAUCACCAAAUCCCGUAAUAUGCACAUGUUGAUGUUCGAAACAAAAGUUGCGAAUGUAAAGCCUUUGGAGUAAGCUUUUUGUUGGAUUUUGUCUCCGUUUUGUAAGAAUGGUAAAAUGCAAUCAUAAAACUACUUAUUUUCAGGGACAUAAUACAAUGCCCAGUGUCAUGUGUCUCACAAAGAACUAAAAUACUUUGAGUUUCCUGGUAUUGCUUUCUUCCUUCCUUAUAACAUAUACGGAGGAUGUGUUGAGAUGACUGAAAUGCAUUUUUAUUUUUCAUAAUUCUCUUAUCUGCAUUUUGCUGCAAAGUCUUGCCAGGUUGUAAAGCUGCUAUGGGACAGCGAUGGGAGAGGAGAAACUUGUGUACAUUGAAAAAAAAGAGUGGGAAAAAAACAACUGAUGUAUUUGUAACUUGUACAUGAAUAAAUAGCUUUUUCUAUGAAUUCAUAUUACAGUGUACAUUAAACCCCUUGGUAAUAAACCACAAAUUGUGAUAUUUGCACUGGCUGGCAUUUCAGUUUUUUCUGUUUGGAACAUCAUGCAUUGGCAAAUAAUAUUUCUAUGUUUGCAUUUUUACAUUUGAACAAAUGAAAGGUUGUCAUUACAAAGGCUACAUACUCUUAUUCAUAUACAUGUUUUUAUAUCUUAUAUCUGGCGCUAGCAUGCCAAAAUAGCUCACAAAGUUAGUUGGGUUGCUAACAGUUAGCUAAGUAUCAGCUAGUUUUGUUCACUUCCGUGACCGAAUCCACUAAUUACAUUUUCGGGAUAUCGGGUUGUUGGACAAAUAGACAAUUGAGAAUUGAAACAAUGGCAUGGCACUGGUGGAGGUUUUGAUCUAAGGGAACAUAGGGCUGAGGAAACACAAGGCUGAAGGGACUUGGGGAACACAAGGCUGAAGGAACAAAGGGCUGCAAGAACAUAGGAUUGAGGGAACAUAGGGCUCAGGGAACAUCAUGCAUUCAACUUCUCACUGUUGCUUCUUCUGCUUGUACUCUUCCUUACUGCAGUAUUAGAAGACUUGUUUUUAUUGAAGAAACGCUGCCAUUCAGCUCUGCUAAUUUGAUGUUAAACAUAUUUAAUUUCCUAUAAAUUCUUCCCAAUUAAAGGCCCCAGUUAUUAUGUUAUUUAAAAGCUUGACUCCUAUUCAGCUGAAUGCGAGCAUGACAGUAAAAUAAACCAGAUAUCUGAAAGCAGGAGAGAAACUAAACUUCAAACCACAGAGAUUCUGUUUGAAGCUACAAAAGUACUGAGAGCUGAACACACAGACUUUUAAAAUCUUUCUCUCUGGUCUCCCGCACAGACAUGAGUUGAGUCUCGCAACACACGCUUGUUUGAGAGGAACUCGGCGAGUUCAAACUGGUAAUGGAAACACAAAUCAAACGUGACAUGGUUUGACUCGGUGCAACCAAAAGUGCCGCUGGAAAAACCAACACAUUCUCACUCCCAAUUUUAUUUCCAUCCGUUAUACUCAAAUGAAUGUGACGUGGUUAUAUGACAGAUUCAGAACAACACAACAGCAGCAAACAACAAACCCAACAAAUGACAGCUACAGUAGCUUGUGAAAUAAAGAUAAUAUGGGACCAUGAAUUUGAUGAAUUUACGGUUCAUCAGACCACAAAUAAGAGGGGAUAAAUAAUUAGCUAGCUAGCACAACCCCGGUCGAUGUUAGAUGGACCUUAAGACAGAUACAAAUGAAAAAGCUGGAAAAUAAAUCUGACAUUUGGAAACAAAAGUACCCUGAAAUAAAAUUAAAAGUAGUCAGUAAAAAUA